GAUAAAGUGGCCAGCGUGUACGAAGCCCCAGGCUUCUUCCUCGACUUGGAGCCCAUCCCGGGCGCCUUGGAAGCCAUGCGGGAGAUGAGCGCCAUGCCGGACACCGAGGUCUUCAUCUGCACCAGCCCCCUGCUCAAGUACGACCACUGUGUGGUCGAGAAGUACCGCUGGGUGGAGCAGCACCUGGGACCCGAGUUUGUGGAACGCAUUAUCCUGACGAGGGACAAGACGGUGGUCUUGGGGGACCUGCUCAUUGACGACAAGGACACCAUUCGAGGCCAGGAGCAGACCCCAAGGUGGGAGCACCUCCUGUUCACCUGCUGUCACAAUCAGCACCUGGCCCUGCUCCCGCCGCGGAGACGGCUGCUCUCCUGGAGCGACAACUGGAGGGAGAUCAUAGACAGCAAGCGGCCAGCGGCGGCCCGGGAGUGAGUGGGCCCUGCAGGGCGAAGCUGCAUGAAGGGAAGGUGGCAGGCCGGCAGGGGAUCUGCGCAGAGCCCCUGAGCCGCAGCAGCAUGGCAGUGGCCUUGGCCACAUGGAGAAGAGAGACACUGUCCUCUGUACUCUCUGGCGCCCAGGCUCCUGGGACUUCCCGAUGGCUCCUGGCUGGCAUGAAGUCUGGCAGCAGCUGGGUCAGGACCCUCUUAAUAAACAACCAUGGCUCUCUGA